GCUAACAUCACGGAGAGAAAGCCUGUAACCACUGCACUGACCAGCAUCCCCCCCUAACAUAUCUGGGGAAAACUUAAAGCUUCAUGUCCCCAUAAUUUCUGAAACAGAGAACGCAAUGGACCUCCACAAAAUCAUCCACAGUGCGCUGCAUGAAUUCAUUCAGGCUUACAUUCCCGAUGCAGAUCUCAGCACACUGGAUGAUGUUCUUCUGUCUUACAUCACUGGAGUCCUAGAGGACCUCGGCUCCCAGCAAAGUGUUGAGGAGAACUUUGACGUGGAGGUCUUUGCAGAGAUGUUAGAAGCUUACAUUCCUGGCUUUGCCGAAAUUGACAGUGUCAAAGUCUGUGAAAUGAUGUUCAAUCUGGCUUCAAAAUUAGCCACCGCUCGGAGCUCAGCUUUUGAAGAAAAUGUUGAACCUAAGGCAAGCACAGGAGAGAUAUCACUGAAACUCACCACCCUGCCAAGUGAACCAGCAUCCAGAGGAGAAUCACAGUGCCUUAAAACACAGACAGAGGGCGCCACUGCCAAGCUACCAGUGUCUGAAUGGGAGUCCCAGGAGCAGCACCUGCUGGAGAUGUUUCCCAAGUGUAGCCUUUCUGAGGCUCGCAGCGCCUUGUCUAUUGCCAAAGGAGACAUGGAGGAAGCAGUGCGCCUUAUCAUAGAGGGCGAUGUCCAACUCAGCCCCACUCCUCUUAAUGUAAACCAUGGGAAGAGUAUUUCCUCAGUGGCAGACCAAAAACUCAAAGAGAGCAUUCUGGAGAAGUACAUGCUGGUGGACAGGGAGGAUGAUAAGAAAACACACCGGCCUGUCCCUCCCAAAGAUGCUCCAAAGAAGCUAGUUCGGUACCACGGAAAUCAGGUGGUUACCACAAAGGGAGAGCGAUAUCAGCUUGUGAAGAAAGAUGAGGCAGAGGACAUGAAGAAGACAUAUGUCAAUCUCAAGCCUGCACGAAAGUACCGAUUCCAUUGAUGACAAGCACAAUACUGUAAGAGCAGCUACUGACAAUAUUGUUUACUUUUUUUUAAAGAAGAUCAUUUGGCCUGAAUAUGUUAGAUUUUUUUCCCCGAGUAAAGAAACAUAAUUGUGA